AUGGUGACUUAUUCGGAGGAUUCUAUGGAUAAACACAGAAUAAAGUAUAUUAUGCAUCAAAUUCUUUCUUGUGUUAUGUACUGUCAUAAGCACAGAAUUAUGCACCAAGACUUGAAGCCUGACAAUUUGCUGAUAGAUCUCAAUGCCUCUGUAGUGAAGAUUGCAGACUUUGGAAUGGCAAGGGCAUUUCAUACUCCUCUUAGGGCAUAUAGUCCUGAGGUAGUAAAUUUACGUUACAUGCCACCAGAAAUUCUCCUUGGCUCCCACGAAUACUCCACCCAUGUCGAUGUGUGGUCUGUAGGCUGUAUAUUUGCUGAGAUGAUUGAUCAUCAGCCUCUGUUUGAUGAUCUCUCCGACAAUGAUCAUCUGCAUAAAAUUUUCAGCAUUAUGGGGACCCCAGAUGCAACAACAUGGCCUGGAGUGACCUCACUACCAGAUUACAGACCUGACUUUCCCAAGCAAGAUCCUAAGAACCUGGCAGAAUAUGUUCCUAAUCUUGAACCAGCUGGAGUUGAUCUUCUUUCUGAAAUGCUCUGCAUGAAUCCAGCUAGAAGAAUUUCAGCUCUUGAUGCGCUCGCGCAUCCAUACUUCAAGAAUGAUGAUGGGGGUGGUGAAGAAGAAGAAGAAGAAGAAGAUGAUUACGUUGUUGAUGAUGAUGAUCCUUGAUUCCAUGUCCUCAACUUUUCUUUGCUGUUGUUGUUACGUUGACAGACUUAUCUCUAGGAGAUCUUUCUUUCAUUCAUUGUAAAUUUUCUCCCAACUCGAAAGCUUUUGUUGCAUCCAAUUUGUGUUAGGAACCGGCUUUUAUGCAAUUAGAUUGUAAUUAGGUCUUAUAAACUCAGAUCUCAAUCUAACUCAACUCAACAAAUUUGUCUACAUACCAAUCCAUUGUAUUUGGUUUCGAAGAAACAUUUUGUGGCCCUUAAAAUGCUUGUUUGGCAUCAAUUAUUUUUUUUUUUUUUUGGGA